AUGAAGUUUAUCACAGUCAUCUUGCUGGGGCUGUGUUCCCUGACCAUCAGUAAUGCCUGGCACUGCAGUUAUGCUCCGAAGCUGCUUAAUGCUCAACAGAUUGACGCAGGGUUGGGGAAUGUGGUCGCGAGAGACAACCUCAAUAUUGCAUAUUCCCUGAUUGGAGAGCAAUGGCAGAGACUGAGCACGAUCAGAUUCAAGCAUGUCUCAGUGGGACCUGCAGGACUCUGGGGAUGUGACACCACAAACAGGGUCUACAAAUUCGUAGCUGGCAACUUUCAAUGCUCCAGUGGUGUGUCUUUGCAGCAGGUGGAUGCUGGAGGUAAUGAUCACAUUGUGGGAGUACAGCCUAACAACCAAAACACCUACUGUCUGAGUGGUUGCAAUGCUUUGACCUACAGCGGAGUGGGCUCUCUGAGCUGGAGCUCCCUAGCAAAGAAGAUGAGGUACUACAGCUGUGGUACCAAAUUUGGAUGCUGGGGAGUCGACAGGAGUUAUCGGGUCUACGUCGCAAAGAACGUAAACCCAGAAAACUGCAACACCUGUGGCUGGACACAAGUGACAGGGCUAUACAUGAAAAUGGUUGAAGUGGGGACUGACGGAAGUGUUUUUGGAGUGACAAAAGACGGAAAAAUCUACCAAAGAGUUGGCAUCACCAGUCAGCUUCAGGAAGGCACACAAUGGGUCCCUGUCCCAAUGUCCAUGACAGUCCGUCAUGUGAGCUAUGACCUGCGCACGCUUUGGGCUGUUACCAACUCUGGCGUGGUCAUGAAGUGCACUAGCUAA